AUGCAGCCGCUCAGGGAAGAAUCAGUGGUGAUCGAGACAUCACACACCACUGUGCACUAUCUGGACAAACUCCGGAACAGAAAAAAACCUUUGCGCUACAUGCAGAAGGAUGGCAGGUUCCCUGUGGACAUCCACACAUCUCCUGGGGGCUGGUGUCCAUACGUCACGGACAUUUUCACCACUUUGGUCGAGUGCCGCUGGGCGUGGAUGUUCCUCAUGUUCUCCUUGUCUUACAUCCUCUCCUGGAUUUUCUUCGGGCUUUGCUAUUGGCUCAUCGCUCACGCCAACGGAGAUGAAUACAAUGAAGAUGACGAUUUGUGUGUGUACAAUGUGCGUGGAUUCACUUCUGCGUUUUUAUUCUCAAUGGAGACUCAGGCCACGAUCGGCUACGGUUUCAGAGGCAUGUCGGAAAACUGCAUCGUGGCUAUCAUAGUGGUCACAAUACAAGACGUGUUCAGCUGCCUUUUAGAUACCAUAAUCAUUGGCAUAGUAGUUGCGAAAAUGGCCUCAGCGUGCAAGAGAGCUCAGACUGUCGGGUUCAGCAGCUGUGCAGUGGUCAACUUAAGAAAUGGCGUGCUGUGCUUGUCGUGGCGGCUUGGAGACUUCCGGGGAAAUCACAUAGUGGACGGAGUUGUCAAAGCACAAUUAGUUCGCCACAUAAAGCAACCCAUGGCUGGCUCAUUGAGGAUGGUGUAUCAACACAUAGAGGUGGAGGAAAGAGAGGUGGUCCUGGCUACCCCUGCUACUAUCAUUCACAAAAUUAACCACAACAGUCCACUUUAUACAUUAGGUCCCGAGGAUAUCAAGCAGGACACGUUUGAAAUAGUGGUUUCCUUCACGUAUACAGGUGACUCCACUGGCAUGCUCCAUCAGACAAGGACCUCCUUCAGCCCCUCAGACAUUCGCUGGGGGCAGAGGUUCCAGGAGAUGCUGAAGCCCGGGAAGAAGCAUUACAAGGUGGACUACGCACGCUUCAAUGAGACAAACUGGGUCCCAGUGCCCAUGAUGAGCGCAGAGGAGUAUGACAGAGAGAGGAGUUCUCUCAAUAACAACGAAGCCCAGUAUCAGCUGUUUAAACCAGUGCUGUGUUCCACCAGUCCAGAUGUUAUUGAAGUUGUGCAGCAGACCUCUUUGUAA